AUGACCAAUAAUGAUCAUAAUGUUGUAACCCUAGAGGUCAAAUUUUUAUAUCAAAUACAGUCUGGCGCUGGCCCGAAGAGAGAGGGGAAGGCCAAAAAGGAGUUCAUCCACCUCAUCGCCUCAGAGGCCAAUGAAAUUUGUAACCAGAGCAAAAAAGAGACUAUUAAUGUAAAGCAUGUCCUAUUCGCCCUUGACAGAUUGGGGUUUGACGAUUAUCGGGUUGUGGCUGAGGAUGUACUCAAGGAUUGUAAGGAGGUAGAGGUUAAGAAGAGGAGACAGAGCACCAGGCUCGAAAAUCUCGGAAUACCCGAGGAAGAGUUGCUGCGUCAACAACAGAAGCUGUUUGCAAUGGCUAGAGAGAGCAACAACAAUGGCUGCAACUUCAACAAGCGACCAAAAUAG